ACCAUCACCGACACUACCAUUUUUCAGCAACUCUUUUCACAAGCUGAGUAUUGUAAAUUAAAAACUUUCAAUCUUCGCAAAAGAAGAGAAAAAAAAGUAGUCUUCAUUGAUAGUAAUGAUCCUUCAGUUCGUUGUAUCUUUGAAAAAAGGGGCUCAUUAUUUUAUCUAUCUAUAUCUUGACACUCCCCAUCCCCAAGAUCCUGUUAUUUCGCUGUAUUGAUUCCAACUUGUAAUUUUUCCAAAUCCAAAUGUCUCAUUGAAAGCAGCAGUGAGGUAAAAUGAAAGCAAACACUAGUUCUGACACUGCUGUUCUGCUGCCUCUUAAGAGUCCCACCAUUCGUCCGGAUUUCAGCCCUUUUGUUGGGCUUUGCCUUUGAUUUUGAUUUUGACCCCUUCAGAUAUUCCCAGUCUGCUUUGUGGAGCUUGGUGCUGGCUAUAUUGGUCUAUGCGUCUCAAAUGAAAUUAGAGUUUAAAUCAGCUGCCUGCUUUUUUAUUUUUCAUUCUGAAAUGGGAGUUUAAUUGUUGAGAAAUAAGAGUUCUUCCAUUAAUUGUUUGGACUUGCUUAGGAAAUGUGUUUGAAAGCUAUUUAAAACUUCGCUGUUAAUUAUUUGUACUUAACUAAUUGCAUACAUCUUUUGUUUUAUCUUUUAAGUUGUAAACACUAGAGCUGGUAAUCCUCCUCGAAUGUCUGUUUCUUGUGAUUAUUUAUUUCCAAUAUCCUCCCCAUCAGAAUCGAUGGUAGAAUUAAAAUAUUCCACCAACCAUGACUGUAUUCGCUUUUUCUAUUCACGAAAAAGUAACACAUUGCAAAAAUCAAAUUACCCCAGAGAGAGAGAGAGAACGAGAGAGACAAAAUAAGUGGCAACAGUGGCAAAGGAGAGAGCUUUCCAAGGCCUUGGAUACUAUCUGACAAGUCCUGUCUGCCAGAGCAAUAAAGAAACAUUUUUCCCAUUCUUAAAAAAGGGCAGAGGGGGAGAGGAGCUAGUGACAGAGAGAAAUGGUGAAGAUGUGGAGUUGGAGAGAGCCGUUGCUGCUAAUCAGUAUCUGCAUUUUGGGAUGGAGGGUCAGUUUUAUCAAUGGAGCUACGGAUCCAGGAGAUGUCUCGGCUCUAAAUGCCAUGUACAAUAGUUUAAACUCGCCUCCAGUUCUAACACAAUGGAGUUCAAGUGGUGGAGAUCCAUGUGGACAAAUUUGGAAAGGCAUUACUUGCUUAGGUUCACGGGUCACAGAAAUUUCAUUGUCUGGUUUAGGACUUUCUGGAUCACUGGGAUACCAGCUCUCAAGUUUGACAUCUCUAAGUAAUCUAGAUGUGAGUAACAACAAUCUUGGACCUGACAUACCUUAUCAACUCCCUCAAAACUUGCAAAAACUAAACCUUGGAUGGAAUAACUUCAGCGGAAGCAUCCCCUAUUCUAUUUCUCAAAUGAGUUCGCUUAUUUCCUUGAACAUGAGCCACAAUCAGCUUCAGAAUCAAGUGAAUGAUAUGUUCUGGAAGCUUUCUUCCCUGGCCAUGUUGGAUGUCUCUUUCAAUUUUCUGUCAGGUGCCCUCCCCCAGAGUUUUAGCAACCUUACCAGUCUGAACGCUAUGUUUCUGCAAAACAACCAAUUCAGUGGCACUAUUGAUGUUCUUGCAAAUCUUCCGCUACAAAAUUUGAAUGUCGAGAACAACCAUUUUACUGGGUGGGUUCCUGAACGAUUGAAGAAUAUAAAUAUUCAGGAGGGUGGCAAUUCUUGGAGCUUUGGGCUUGCACCCCCACCUCCGCCUGGGACACCUCCAGCAAACCAAAAUUACAGAUAUCACAAGGCUGGGAACAAUUUCAGCCCACUGAGUAGUGAUGCUACUGGUGGAGGUAGCAAUAGAUCAGGAAUGAGUGGUGGUACCAUUGCUGGAAUUCUUAUAUCUGUGCUAGUGGUAGGAGCAGUACUAGCAUAUCUCCUUGUAAAGAGAAGACUCAAGAGGUCGUCCACAGACAUAGAAAAGCAAAAGCAUGGGAACUGGCCUAGCGUAUCUCCUGCUUCAAAUGAAGUGCAAGAUACAUUGGCAGAGAUGAAGCUUGUUCAUACUUCAUCCUCAUUUGAUGCAAAAGAAUUGGAUUCUCCUGCUUCAGUCAAUCUUAAACCCCCACCUAUUGAUCGUCAUAAAUCAUUCGAUGACAAUGAUACAUCAAAGGUUCCUGAGGUGAAGAAGACCAAUGUCACCACUCCGAUAAGUGUGAAAUCAUAUUCAAUUGCAGAUCUGCAAAUGGCUACAGGUAGUUUCAAUGUAGAAAACCUUCUUGGUGAGGGGUCGCUUGGACGCGUUUAUCGGGCUCAAUUCAACAAUGGGAAGGUUCUUGCCGUGAAGAAAAUAGAUUCAGCUGCCUUCCCUAGAGAAUUGUUGGAAAAUUUCACAGAGAUCGUUGCUAAUGUAUCUCAGUUGCAUCAUCCUAAUGUAACCGAGCUAAUGGGUUAUUGCUCGGAGCAUGGCCAGCAUUUGCUACUGUAUGAGUUCCAUAAGAAUGGCUCACUACAUGACUUCUUGCACAUAUCAGAUGAAUAUAGUAAGCCACUGACUUGGAACUCACGUGUCAAGAUUGCUUUGGGGACGGCCCGUGCUUUAGAGUACCUACAUGAAGUUUGUGCACCGUCAAUUGUUCACAGAAAUAUUAAGUCAGCCAAUAUCUUACUAGAUGCUGAAAUUAACCCUCAUCUCUCCGAUUGUGGCCUGUCUAGCUUUAUAAACAAUCUAGAUCAGGCAUUAGAUCAGCAGGUAGGAUCUGGGUACAGUGCUCCUGAGGUUACCAUGUCUGGUCAAUAUACAUUAAAAAGUGACGUAUAUAGCUUUGGAGUGGUGAUGUUGGAACUUCUAAGUGGACGUAAGCCAUUUGAUAGUUCAAGGCUAAGAGCUGAGCAAUCCUUGGUUCGAUGGGCUACGCCUCAGCUCCAUGAUAUUGACGCCUUGACGAAAAUGGUUGAUCCUGCACUUAAAGGGCUCUACCCAGUCAAGUCUCUCUCAAGAUUUGCAGACGUUGUAGCUCUUUGUGUCCAGCCCGAGCCUGAAUUCAGACCACCCAUGUCAGAGGUGGUGGAAGCAUUGGUUCGGCUUGUGCAGAGAUCCAACAUGAGCAGAAGAACAUUUGGAAGUGAUCAUGGAUCAUCUUUUAGAACUGAUGAUCUUGAUGCACGCGAGACAACUUAACUGGCUUCUCACCACAAACAAAUUUCUCUUCUUUGAGCAAUCUACGGCGAAGGAAUGCUUAAUCAUUUGCAUCAAAGACACGAUGUUAUUAGAACUUCAUGCAGAUACACCCCUUCAUAGACAGAAGCAUGAUAAUGUUUUGUGUUUUACGUUCACAUUGCUUUUCAAGCUUUAUGCUAUAUAGUUUAUCGUAAGUGAACCCUGGUGGUGCAAUCAAUGAAAACUAAGCACAGAUAUUCUAGGACCCACUUCGCUUAAUAGAAGCAUCUUACUGCAAAGAUCUUAUUUACUCAA